UGUUUUGGGAAGUGCUUUAAAUCUAUCUGCCAGAGGCAUGGGCUGCUAAAGCCAGAACCGACUGCCACAAUGCUGAGCUCUGGGCUCCCUCCCUUUCUCCUAUUGCUCACAGCUGUGGAGCUGAGCUGGUCCCUUACAGAUGAUGAACAGAGGUUGAUUGUGGCGAUGCACAACCACUACCGCUCCCAGGUCUCCCCUCGUGCUGCAGACAUGCUGAAAAUGAGCUGGGACCCCGACCUGGAAGCCUUUGCCAAAGCCUAUGCAGCGAAGUGCAUCUGGGGCCACAACAAGGAGCGGGGCCGGCGGGGUGAGAACCUCUUUGCCAUUACCGACGAGAUGGACGUGGAGGUGGCCUUGGACCAGUGGUACAACGAGCAUGAGCAUUACAACCUGACCACGUCCAAGUGCUCCGUAGGACAGAUGUGUGGCCACUACACCCAGGUGGUCUGGGCAAACAGCGAACGCAUUGGCUGUGGGAUGCAAUUCUGUAAAACCCUGCAUGGUGUCGAGGAACCUGACCUCUACCUGCUGGUCUGCAACUACGAUCCCCCCGGCAACGUGAGGGGUCGCAAGCCGUACAAGGAAGGACCUCCAUGCUCCAUGUGCCCCGAGGGCUAUACGUGUAGGAAUUCAAUCUGUGAACCCAGUGUAGACUCAGAAGAGGCCUCUCCAUCCUCUAGGACAACAAGGCCAAACCUCACCACUAGGCCAGCUCUUGCAACAGCCACCACUACCACGAGCCCGACCACUAUCACUACGAUAAGGCCAGCACCCACCACCGUGAAAAAAAGGCUGACACCCACCACCACGAGGCCUGCACCCACUACCACAAGCCCAACCACCACCACUACGUUAGGGCCAGCACCCACCACCACCACCGCCACAACAAGGCCGCCACCCACCACCACCACCACCACAAGCCCGCCACCCACCCGAACAGCAAGGCCCAACCCCACCACGGCCACUGGGCCAACAUCCUCCUUAGAGCCCACCUCAGACCUAAACCUUAAAACAUCUCCAGAAAUGCAAGUGGACUCUGAGGAGACUGGUGCCCCAUUAGUGACCACGGAGGCUGUGCUCUUUCUAGACCUGGAGUCGACCUUCAGCCCGACUGCCUCUCCAGAAAUGGAGAGAGACUUGAAGGAGUCCGAUGCAGUCUCUGUGAGAGCUGAGCCAGCCCUCUCCUCAGAGCCACCUCCGUCCUUCAGCCUUACAACUCCAGAAACCGAUCUAAGCUUGGAAGAUACCAAGCAGCCCCCACCUGCCCUAAAGCCAGCACCUGCCACUGCUAAGGUGACCUCCCUCCUGCACUUAUUACCACCUUCCAAGGCCGCAGCGGGGCACAGCCUUGCUGUCCAGUCCUUCCUGUCAGGUGCCAGAGAGACCGAAGAGCUGAUGAUGGGCCCCACAAAGAAAGACUUGGACCAGCAAAAUGGUUCAGCCACCAGCAACCUUCUGGAGUUCUCUCUCUUCCUAGUGGCCGCUCCCCUGCUGACAGGCCUUCUGCUCUGAAGGGUCUGCCUCGACCCUCUGUGCUCCUAUCCUCAAACUCUCCUCCAGUACUGAUUGUCCCGCUGCCCUGCUGGGCGUGGGGCAUAUCAAUCAGGUGAAGACCCCCUACUGGGCCUUCUUGCCACUCGCUAUGUCCACUCCAAUCCAGUUAUACUCAGCAGUGCCUGGCAAACCACACCGGCCAUUCUGUUACGCUAGCACUGCUGAGACCCCAUAUCCCUGGUUACCAAUAAAAGGGAGGUAGCUAAGUUUUAAGUGCCCAGCUCAUCUGUCAAAGGGGCAGGAGCAGCUGGGCGAAGAGAGGGGAAAUUCCUUGGUGCCUCUUCCUCCCCGAGUUCUAACUCUAACCUGAAGUUCCAUAAUUCCUACUCCAGUCUGACUCAGAGAUGGGACUCCUUAAUACUGAAGAUCCUGGAUCCCCACCAGUCUGGAGGCCCUCCCCCUAACCGGAACCAAUGAAUGAUCUACUAUCUUUGUGGGACUGUAAGGUCCUUCCCCACAAAUCCUAUAUGAAAGGCAGUGCAGAGACAUGGAUGGUACAACCCUAUCUAAACUCCUCUCGCUUCCUCCACCAAAUGUGUCUACAGUGCACAUGCCCCUUCAGGAGAGCCAGGAAUUGAACCCUGCUCAUCAGUUUUGCUCGGUCCAUUGCAUGCAUCCCAUUCCAGAGUUACUCCAUGUGGCAUGGUUCUUAUUUUUUUGUGCAUGGGAAAAAAUAUUUCUGCACUAGAGAGGAAGCGGUGGCUCAUUAUAAAACUCCUGUUGGCAUCCUCUAUAUUGUGUGGCAUGACUUUAGACUAGCUUCUCUUGAGUACCUGAAGGGUACGACGUAUUUCAAGUUAGAUACAGAUCUUGGCCUAUGGUGUAUGUAUCUUAUACACACAGUGGAACCUGACCCAGCAAAAACCAGGUGGCGUGGUGGAGUUCAAAGCAAAUUCUGCUAGGGGUUAUCCACUGGAAGCACAACUUACCAUAGAGCAGCUUUCACUGUAUGUGGCAUUCAUGUUUGUUUCCCCUCUGCGUGUCUGCUCCAUGUAUCUUACGUUUCCAAGAAAGGUGUGUUAACUACACGACAAGCCUCAGGUGGUCCAGUUAAGAUCCAGUGGAAGGUGCCACUUGAUAUGAACCUUUUAGCAACCAUAGCAUCCCUUGGUUUUGCUACCCGAUGAGGUGGGGACUGACGUGAAUCCCGUAGCCCCUUAGCUACGAGGGACACUGUUUCCAAUACCCCAUGAGGUCCUGCUUCCAAUAAACAGUGUUCUGAAAUCAU